AUGCCUUCGAGUUCAUCGGUCACGGCACCCGGUGUUGGUAGUAGUCAAUUCUCAUUCGAAUUUGACGCUAUGAGAGCACGUAUUGCCGAACUGGAAGACAAGUUGUCGCGAGCAGGAAGUACUGCCAGCUCUGUCUUCUCGCCGCCAGCUUCGACUCCGGUGUCGACACAUACUGUGCACACUGUCAGCAGCUUUGCCUGUACAGUCGAUGUCCUUCAGGAUACUCGGAUGCCUGGUGGUGCAGCUAUUUCUCGAGGCAUUGCGCACAAGAAUCGAGUUUUUGGUCAGAGCCAUUGGAUGAAUGGUUUCGUAAUGUACCGCGAUAUCAUCGAGAUGAUGGAGCCUUAUCUCAGAAUGGGAUCAUCCAAUGUUGUUCCUAGCAUACGUAGAGCUAAGUCUUUGGCCCGGAUCAUCAAGUCGCACCGCUCUCCAACUUGGCCUACUCCACCAACGCGAGACCUUCCUCCAAAACACGUCUGCGACGAUCUUGUGGCUGGCUAUCUCCGCACCAUGGAGACAACAUACCGCGUAUUGCACGUCCCAAGCUUCAAGCGCAUGUAUGAAUACAUGUGGACAAGCGGUCCAGAAUCUAGCAUGGCAUUCAUAGUGAUGCUGAAGUUAGUCUUGGCCAUUGGUGCGAUGAUAUACGAUGACAAGGUGUCUAUGCGAGCCGAAGCGGUACGAUGGGUCUUCGAGGCGCAGACCUGGCUAUCCUCGCCCUUCUUCAAAUCACAACUUGGUGUUCAGUAUCUCCAGAUUAGCAUCCUUCUUCUCCUUGCACGAGAGCUUGUCGAUGUAGGCUCAGAAUUGGUUUGGAUCUCUGUAGGUACAGUAUUCCGAGCAGCGGUGUACAUCGGUCUCCACAAAGAUCCGUUGCAACUGCCGAGAACAACGACUCUUGAAGCCGAGAUGCGCCGUCGGAUUUGGAACACGAUUCUCGAGCUGUCACUUCAGAUGAGUAUGGAAUCUGGUGGGCCACCGUUCUUCUCACUGGACGAUUACAACACAGCGCCACCGAGCAACUUCGACGAUGAGCAGCUUGUAGAUGCAGAUCCCAUUGCAAGAGCAGAGGGUGUGUAUACGCAUACAUCCAUCUCUGUAGCUCUUCGCAAAACCCUUCCAGCUCGUCUUGCCGUGCUCAAAUUCCUUAAUGACAUCAAUUCGACUGGAACGUAUGAGGAGACGCUUCGCAUCGAUUCAGACCUGAGAGCCGCACACAGGCUCUUACGUCGCACCAUUCAAGCAUACGCCGCAUCUGCCACCUUGUCUCCUUCGCAGUUUACACUGCAAGCUGUCGAAUUCAUUAUGCAGCGCUAUGUCACCUGUUUGCAUCUUCCAUUUUUCGCUUCCGCACUUAACGAUCCGGUCUACGCCUAUUCGAGGAAAUCUACUGUCGACUCGUCGCUCAAAAUCUGGAGUAUGGCGUGCCCAGGUAUGAGUGGUAAUACGUAUUCUUCUAAGGAGACGGACCUAGCUCGCCUGUGUCGAUGCACAGCGGGUUUCUUCCGAAUGUACGCCUUUCACGGGGCGACAUUUCUGGCUACUGAACUGCGGAUGCGGAUACAAGAGGAUGAAGACGAUCUAGAUGCGCUGCCGCCACCUCUACAGAACAUUGUUGAUGAUGCUGCAAAUUGGUAUCUCCGGUGCAUUCAAGCCGGCGAAACAGGUAUGAAAGGCUACCUUCUACUGCGUCUCAUUGGCGCAUGGAUCGAGGCGACAAAACACCAUAUGGACAGAUCGGAGUUGCCUGCACUACUGGUGGACGCGUCGGAACAAGCUGCUGGAAUUUGCAUACCGAUCUUGGAGGGCUUGGCUGGCAGUCAAGAGCCGUGUUCUGGUACUACUGGUAUGAGUGGAAUCGGUAUGGAAGAUUUUGAUUUCCAAUUCUCACCAGAGUUCACGGAGGAUUGGGAUAUGCUCAUGUCGGGUACUUUCAACAUGGACGAGAUGGGGACUUUGGACGCGUUCUUGUCGUGA